GUACUCCCUCCCUCCUGCCGCUGAAGCUCACACAUACUAUCAACAUACUAUCGCUUCGUUUCUAGCCCUAGCACGACAAUGGACCACUACUCCCCUCGCCGAUCGGCAGGGCCCUCGCCGUACGCGCCAGCCCCAGGACGACGUCGCGGGGCGUCUAAGCGCCCUCGCUCGCCCGACCGCCGUGACGGUCGACCCCCCGUUCCGUACUGGCAGUACAAGCGCUACCGACCACACCCCUCUGAGUAUGCAAGACGGUCUUAUGACUCACCUGAGAACGAUCCUCCGGUCGCUGGACCAUCGCGUAGUGUUCGGCGACGUGAACGGAGUACCGAUGACCGGCGAAGUAACGGGGGAACCUCAGGCUCUCGGCCACAGGUGUCUGAUAGGGUUCUGUCCGGAAUUGAGAAUACUCCCAGCGUCGUCGCAUCCCAGGCGCCGUCAGGGCCUAGCUCUGCCCAAGUUCCUCCACUCCCUUGCAUUGCUGAGACCACAGAAACUUUAUUACCACACGCUUCUUUAGCGCAAGCGGCGGAAGUCACGAUUAAGCAGGAAGUCGUAGAUGACGACUCUCGGGCUCUUUGGGGCCCGGACGCGACAGAGGACCAGCCGCCGACACCAAGCUCGGAUCCAUUGAAUGCCCCUCAGACCUGUGCUCAGCAAGAUGACGACUCUAAGCCCCGGCUAGUGGACACCCUCAAGAGCGCACUGGCUGCGGCGGUCGCCGCGGAGGCUAGAGAGACGCGCCUCGUGGAGGACGUUGCCCUGUGCAGGACCCAGUCAGACGAGCUCCGGACUCAACUGCGUACGCGUGAGGAAGAGCUGGAAGCAAGAGAGAGGUUGUUUCGCCAACGCGAGAACGAGUUCGAGGUACAGCUUGCACGUCGGGACGCCGAGCUUGCGGACGCACGGUAUCAGUGGGCUCAAGAACGCGUCCGGCUCCUCGAGGCGAAUAGAGCGAAGGAGCGGACUACGCAGGAGGCACAGGCGCUUCAGGCACAGCUUCAGCAGGAGAAGACGCAGCGGAUGCAGAGCGAGGCUGCAGGGAGGGUCGCGCAGGAGACAAUCACAUCACUGCGAACAGAGCGGGAUCGGCUCAUAGGAGAGCUGCAGGCGGCUCGGGCUACUCCUGCUCUGCCCCAGAUCAACCGGACAUUCGAACUGCAACUCGAGCUCGCGUCAGAGACCGACAAGCGGGCGCGCGCAGAGAAAUCCGCUCAGGAGAUGAGCAAGAAGGUUGUCCGGCUGCAGCUCGAAUUGCAGAGCGAGAACUCGUCUCUUCGAGAGCAGCUUGAGGCGACGGCGAAGCAAAGGGUGACUGAACGUGCGGAGGGGUCAAGAAGACGGAAGGAGCUAGAGGUAGAGGCGGAGUCGUUGCGAGCGCAACUGAAGACCGCCGAGCGGAGGGCUGCUGAGCUCCAAGAGCCGUCCUCGGAGGUGAAGUCGUGCAACGUGAAGAUACUCAAUCUCGAGACGCAGCUCCGAGUCGAGCGCGCGGCGCGCGAGGCCGAGAAACGUUGUAUCAACUCGAUGACUACUGAACUCGAGCGUAGAUGUGCACGCUGUCAAGCCGGCCAGAAACAAGGGUAGCAUCAAGCUAUGAGCUUCGCAGGCGUGGUUUGCUUAAAAGUAUAUGCUGCUCUCGCUCGUAUGCCUCAUGUCGCGUAUAACUUGUCGUGUUUCGUCUCGGUCGUGGUCGGAGCGACCUGGCAAUAUUCACAUGCUAUGAUCUGCG